CCCUGCAGCUCAAUGUACACAGCUUCUGUUUGGCAGUUUGACUAGUCGACAGUCAUUGCAUUCUCAAAUAUAAAAACAAAGAAAUCUGACUAUUAAACCAGACAGGAUGGUUGAUUUUCUCAGUUUGUGAUUUGCCAACGGAGGACGACAUUCAGCACUUAGUAGGUAAGAUUUGCCAAAUUUGUGUAAUUUCCCCCAAAUUUGUUUUUUUCUUUUUUACUUCUAUAAUUUAUAUUUUAGUGUUCGGUUACUAUGUCUUUUUGUCCCAUUGUCACGACAAAAUAUUAACAUGUGCCUGUCUGUUUUUGCCCACGUUUUGCACAGCUUGCGAUCCGCGAAGCGCAGUAUGUCUCGCCGGCGUUUAGAGGAGGCCAUCCUUAAAUCCAGAGAGUUGGGAAGCUCUGACGGCGAGGAGAGUGAGAAGUACUCAGAGCUUUUCGUGAGACAUCGUGUUCAGCUUGCUAAAGAUCCUCACAGCAUUUACAGUUUGUGUUUCUCACCCAGCGGGAAGCAGCUCUCUGUGGGCUUCGGAAAUGGCGCCAUUCAGGUAAUAAACUGAUUGUCAGUACGCAGCUCCACAUAUACAAUAAAUAUAGUUGUUUUGUUAUUUACAGUUAUCUGAUUAAAAGCUUUAUUCCCAUCACAUCCCGUGACUACACGGAUCCUAGCACCCAUACCAGCCAUGUGGCACUGUCAGAAAACCAUCACCAUGAUGUCAUACAUUGACACGUUUUUCGGUGGUGAUGGUGUUAUAUUUUGUAAUAAGAGAAAGACACAAUAACUGUAGUCUGAAAUUAACUUUACUUUUGAGUAAUUUCAGUAAACUGUAAAACAUGAGCCAAUAAACAAUGAGAGAACUUUGGAGUGAAUCAAACUCAGAGAGAACAGCAGUACCUGAAAUAAACCGAACUGAGCAGAACUAUAACUCCUAGUAAUAUAAGGCAGCCAAUAUUUACAUACAGAUAUACUGAGUCGUUUGGCAGAUAGCUAGAGCAGGUUCUAUCGCAUAGCAGCAUUAUCAGAUACACAGCGACACAUUUUAAUAACUAUUUGUGGAAUCGCGUGGUUUAACCAAAGUACAGCGUACUUUAUAGAUAUUUAAUAUUUCUAAAGUGCCACCAAAUUCUGCAGCACUGUACAAUGGGUAUAGCUUGAAUAGUUCUCAGUCUGGUAUAAUAUUAUGCUAGUGCAUGAGUAAAGUGAGAGUCAAUAUAUAACAGAAUUAGAAGCGCUGUCGUUUACCAUAACACAAGACCUUGGAGAUCGUGGUCACCGUGAACAGGGUCAUAAACCAGGGAGUCCAUGAUAGGGGGUUAAGCAAGCGCUGUCUGGGAUUGACCUGUGAAAUGUCCUGUGAAUCGAUUUGUUAGUGAUUAACAGAAAUUAGAUUAGCUCGUCACAGCUGAAAAGGGAAUUGUGCACCGAUCUAUCAUUUACAGACCCAGAAUUAAAUAGGCAAGUGAUGGAUGAAUGCUGGAACAAUUAACCUUAAUUAUGGAGGUAUUCUGACACACACAGUCAUAUCACACAGCACCCAACUCACACAUAAAUCACACAAUUCUAGAAAAAUAAAACAGGUGCAUGCAGUGAAGGGUUAAUAUACCAGGCAGAGGAGAAUGUUGCUUCUGCACCUUGCUCGUAUCCACUGUCCCCCUGUACCACAUGCUAUUAAAGGGGUCUUCCUAGAUCUUACAGCAUUAAAACAUCUGCCCGAUCUCCAAUGUAGUUUGCUCAUCGAGCCCUUAAUUUGCCUUCUGUGCACUGAAUUCCAUAUCAAAACUCACGGCAUAGAUUUCCCUUAUUUACUAAACCAAAAUUGUGCAUAACUGACAACAGAAUCCCUACGAUUGCUACGUUCUAUAUCUCAGUGAUUGUCACGUUCAGUGAUUGCCACGUUCUGUAUCUCAGUGAUUGCCACGUUCUGUAUCUCAUUGAGUGCCACAUUAUGUAAUCCAGUGAUUGCCACGUUCUUUAACUCAGUGAUUGCCAUGUUCUAUAUCUCAGUGAUUGUCACGCUCUGUAUCUCAGUGAUUGCCAGAUCUCCCUUAUUUACUACACCAAAAUUGUGCAUAACUGACAACAGAAUCCCUAAAGUGAUUGUCAUGUUCUGUAGCUCAGCGAUUGUCACAUUUUUAAAUUGGUGAUUGUCACGUUCUAUAUCUCAGUGCCACGUUCACUCAGUGAUUGCCACAUUCUUUAUCUCAGUCAUUGCCACAUUCUGUAUCUCAGUAAGUCUCCCGUUCUGUAUCUCAGUGAUUGCCUUAGUGAUUGCCACGUUCUAUAUCUCUCGUUUUGUAUCUCAUUGAGUGCCACAUUCUGUAUCUCAUUGAGUGCCACGUUCUGUAUCUCAUUGAGUGCCACGUUAUGAAUCUCAGUGAUUGCCACAUUCUGUAUCUCAGUGAGUGCCACGUUAUGAAUCUCAGUGAUUGCCAUGUUAUGUAAUCCAGUGAUUGCUACGUUCUAAAUCUCAGUGAUUGCCACAUUCUGUAUCUCAGUGAUUGCCACGUUCUGUAACUCAGUUGCCACGUUAUGAAUCUCAGUGAUUGCCAUGUUAUGUAAUCCAGUGAUUGCUACGUUCUAAAUCUCAGUGAUUGUCACAUUCUGUAUCUCAGUGAUUGUCACAUUCUGUAUCUCAGUGAUUGACACGUUGUUUAUCUCAGUGAUUGCCACACUCAGUAAGUGUCAGGUGCUUUAGCUCAGUCAUUGUCACGCUCUGUAUCUCAGUGAUUGCCACGUUCUGCUUUGCAUUUUUUAUGAUAAAAUAGAAAUACAGGCAGACACAGACUUUAAGGGGGUUAUCUCAGUGAUUGCCACGUUAUGAAUCUCAGUGAUUGCUACGUUCAGUGAUUGUCACAUUCUGUAUCUCAGUGAUUGCCACGUUCUGUAACUCAGUGAGUGCCACGUUAUGUAACUCAGUGAUUGCUACGUUCAGUGAUUGCCACGUUCUAUAUCUCAGUGAUUGUCACGUUCAGUGAUUGUCACAUUCUGUAUCUCAGUGAUUGCCACGUUCUGUAUCUCUUUGAGUGCCACAUUAUGAAUCUCAGUGAUUGCCACGUUCUGUAACUCAGUGAGUGCCACGUUAUGUAACUCAGUGAUUGCUACGUUCAGUGAUUGCCACGUUCUAUAUCUCAGUGAUUGUCACGUUCAGUGAUUGUCACAUUCUGUAUCUCAGUGAUUGCCACGUUCUGUAUCUCUUUGAGUGCCACAUUAUGAAUCUCAGUGAUUGCCACGUUCUGUAACUCAGUGAGUGCCACGUUAUGUAACUCAGUGAUUGCUACGUUCAGUGAUUGCCACGUUCUAUAUCUCAGUGAUUGUCACAUUCAGUGAUUGUCACAUUCUGUAUCUCAGUGAUUGCCACGUUCUGUAUCUCUUUGAGUGCCACGUUAUGAAUCUCAGUGAUUGCCACGUUAUGUAAUCCAGUGAUUGUCACGUUCAGUGAUUGUCACAUUCUGGAUCUCAGUAAUUGCCCUAGUGAUUGCCACGUUCUGAAACUCAGUGAUUGCCACAUUCUACUUUGCAUUUUUUAUGCAAAAAACAGAAAUAGAGGCAGGCACAGAAUUUAAGUGGGUUAUCUCAGUGAUUGCCACUUUCUGUAACUCGGUGAUUGCCACGUUCUGUAACUCAGUGAUUGCCACGUUCUGUGAUUGCCACGUUCUUUAACUCCGUGAUCGACACGUUCUACAUCUCAGUGAUUGCCACAUUCUGUAUCUCAGUGAUUGACACGUUGUGUAUCUCAGUGAUUGUCACAUUUUGCAAGGCAUUUUUUAUGCAAAAAACAGAAAUAAGGGUUUUAAGUGGGUUAUCUCAGUGAUUGACACUUUCUGUAACUCAGUGAGUGCAAUGUUCUGUAUCUCAGUGAUUGCCACGUUCUGUAACUCAGUGAUUGCCACAUUCUGCUUUGCAUUUUUUAUGCAAAAAACUGAAAUACAGGCUUUAAAGGAACACUAUAGUCACCUAAAUUACUUUAGCUUAAUAAAGCAGUUUUAGUGUAGAUCAUUCCCCUGCAAUUUCACUGCUCAAUUCACUGUCAUUUAGGAGUUAAAUCACUUUGUUUCUGUUUAUGCAGCCCUAGCCACACCUCCCCUGGCUAUGAUUGACAGAGCCUGCAUGAAAAAAAAACUGGUUUCACUUUCAAACAGAUGUAAUUUACCUUACAUAAUUGUAUCUCAAUCUCUAAAUUGAACUUUAAUCACAUACAGGAUGCUCUUGCAGGGUCUAGCAAGCUAUUAACAUAGCAGGGGAUAAGAAAAUCUUAAUUAAACAGAACUUGCAAUAAAGAAAGCCUAAAUAGGGCUCUCUUUACAGGAAGUGUUUAUGGAAGGCUGUGCAAGUCACAUGCAGGGAGGUGUGACUAGGGUUCAUAAACAAAGGGAUUUAACUCCUAAAUGACAGAGGAUUGAGCAGUGAGGCUGCAGCGGCAUGUUCUAUACACCAAAACUGCUUCAUUAAGCUAAAGUUGUUCAGGUGACUAUAUUGUCCCUUUAACCCCUUAAGGACCAAACUUCUGGAAUAAAAGGGAAUCAUGACAUGUCACACAUGUCAUGUGUCCUUAAGGGGGUUAAGUGGGUUAUCUCAGUGAUUGCCACUUUCUGUAACUCAGUGAGUGCAAUGUUCUGUAUUUCAGUGAUUGCCACGUUCUGUAUCUCAGUGAUUGCCACGUUCUGUGAUUGCCAUGUUCUUUAACUCAGCGGUUGCCACGUUCUGUAACUCAGUGAUUGCCACAUUCUGCUUUGCAUUUUUUAUACAGAAAACAGAAAUAGAGGCAGACACAGACUUUAAGUUGGUUAUUUCAGUGAUUGCCACUUUCUGUAACUCAGUGAUUGCCACGUUCUGUAUCUCAUUGAGUGCCACAUUAAAUAUCCUAGUGAUUGCCAUGUUCUAUAACUCAGUGAUUGCCACUUUCUGUAACUCAGUGAGUGCAAUGUUCUGUAUUUCAGUGAUUGCCACGUUCUGUAUCUCAGUGAUUGCCACGUUCUGUGAUUGCCAUGUUCUUUAACUCAGUGGUUGCCACGUUCUGUAACUCAGUGAUUGCCACAUUCUGCUUUGCAUUUUUUAUACAGAAAACAGAAAUAGAGGCAGACACAGACUUUAAGUUGGUUAUCUCAGUGAUUGCCACUUUCUGUAACUCAGUGAUUGCCACGUUCUGUAUCUCAUUGAGUGCCACAUUAAAUAUCCUAGUGAUUGCCACGUUCUGUGAUUGCCACGUCCUUUAACUCAGUGAUUGCCACGUUAUUUGGCUCAGUGAUUGCCACAUUCUGUAUCUCAGUGAUUGUCACGUUGUUUAUCUCCGUGAUUGCCACACGCUGUAUCUCAGUGAUUGCCACGUUCUGCUUUGCAUUUUUUAUGAAAAAAACAGAAAAACAGGCAGACACAGACUUUAAGGGGGUUAUCUCAGUGAUUGCCACGUUCUGUAUCUCAGUGAUUGACACAUUAUGUAAUCCAGUGAUUGCUACGUUCUAUAUCACAGCGAUUGCUAUGUUCUAUAUCUCAGUGAUUGCCACAUUCUGUAUCUCACUGAUUGCCCUAGUGAUUGCCACUUUCUGUAACUCAGUGAUUGCCACGUUCUGUAUCUCAGUGAUUGCCACAUUCUGUAUCUCAGUGAUUGCCACUUUCUGUAACUCAGUGAUUGCCACGUUCUGUAUCUCAGUGAUUGCCACAUUCUGUAUCUCAGUGAUUGUCACGUUCUGUAUCUCAGUGAUUGACACGUUGUUUAUCUCAGUGAUUGCCACUUUCUGUAACUCAGUGAUUGCCACGUUCUGUAUCUCAGUGAUUGCCACUUUCUGUAACUCAGUGAUUGCCACGUUCUGUAUCUCAGUGAUUGUCACGUUCUGUAUCUCAGUGAUUGUCACGUUGUUUAUCUCAGUGAUUGCCACGCUCUGUAUCUCAGUGAUUGCCACAUCCUGCUUUGCAUUUUUUUAUGGAAAAAAAACAGAAAUACAUGCAGACACAGACUUUAAGGGGGUUAUCUUAGUGAUUGCCACGUUAUGUAACUCAGUGAGUGCCACAUUCUGUAUCUCAGUGAUUGCCACGUUCUGUAUCUCAGUGAUUCCCACAUUCUGUAUCUCAUUGAGUGCCACGUUGUGAAUCUCAGUGAUUGCCACGUUCUGUAUCUCAGUGAUUGCUAUGUUCUAUAUCGCAGUGGUUGCCCUAGUGAUUGCCACGUUCUGUAACUCAGUGAUUGCCACAUUCUGCUUUGCAUUUUUUAUGCAAAAAACAGAAAUACAGGGUUUAAGUGGGUCAUCUCAGUGAUUGCCACGUUUUUUAACUCAGUGAUUGCCAUGUUUUGUAACUCAAUGAUUGCCACAUUCUGCUUUGCCUUUUUUAUACAAAAAACAGAAAUAGAGGCAGACAUACUUUAAGCUGGUUAUCUCAGUGAUUGCCACUUUCUGUAACUCAGUGAUUGCCACGUUCUGUAUCUCAUUGAGUGCCACAUUAAAUAUCUCAGUGAUUGCCACGUUCUUUAACUCAGUGAUUGCCACGUUCUUUGGCUCUGUGAUUGCCACGUUCUGUGAUUGUCACGUUCUUUAACUCAGUGAUUGCCACGUUCUGUGAUUGCCACAUUCUUUGGCUCUGUGAUUGCCACGUUCUGUGAUUAUCACAUUCUUUAACUCAGUGAUACCCACGUUCUUUGGCUCAGUGAUUGCCACAUUCUUUAACUCAGUGAUACCCACGUUCUUUGGCUCAGUGAUUGCCACGUCCUUUAACUCAGUGAUCGCCACGUUCUUUGGCUCAGUGAUUGCCGCAUUCUGUAACUCAAUAAUUGCCACGCUCAGUGAUUGCCACGUUCUUUAACUCAGUGAUUGCCACAUUCUGCGUUGCAUUUUUUAUGCAAAAAUCAGAAAAACAGGCAGACCCAGAAACCUUGCACGUUAGGCUCCUGAUAAAUGGUGUAUUCAGUAUUUCAGAAAUUGAUAAUUGAGAAGAGAUUUAUCUUAGACCAAUACAUCCAAAUGGGUAGAAUGUUCCAAGCAGCUGUUUUUCCAGAUUGGGAUUUAUUUUGACAUUUGCAAUUCCCUAGUUUUUCCCCACAAUGCAGCCUUACUGAAUGAACCCACAGGAGUGAAGCUCGUUAUGUCACGUUAUGUCACGUUAUGUCACGUGUGCCUCUCUUUCAGAUAUUAAAUGUAGAAGAUGGACAAGUCGAUAAAACAUUGUAUUCCGGGAGCCGCAAAAGGCUUCCGAUUACUGCCCUGCAAUAUCACCCGAGGAGUGAGAACCUGCUGGUUGCGGCUGGAGCUGACGGACUGGUCUCCAUUUAUGAUAUCAAGUCAGAAAUCAACGUCUUCUCAAUAACGGGUAAGAUUAGAGUCUGCAAUCUGAUAACUGCGUUAAUUACUCACAGGACAUUUUCAGUCUAUCAAUAAACUCAGACAGGGUUAUUCACUGCAGUGACAAAGCUGGGUGAAAUCAAAGGGAAUUUCAAAUUUAAGACUAAAAUAGUCAAGUUGGAAAAAUUCUCGAAAUCAGCUACGCUUUCAUUCAGCUACUCUGGCCUUAAAUUGGAAACUCGUUAACAAAGAUUUGCAAAGUUUGUAACAAUACUCUAUAUAGAUGCCAUGUCUCCUUUGGAAUCCCCAGAAUUAUUGUCUCUGGUGUUCACUAACCUUUUCCACACCACAACUCUAAAAGACCCUGAAAACUAUUUCUGAGACCCUUAAAUGCUUCAUAGACACAUUUCCUAAAUACGUCAAAUCCUGGAGAAUUCAGCAACAAACUGGCUUUAGAGUUUCCUGACCUGUAUUAUAAUGGGCAUACACUGGUAAACACAACUUUUUACCUUUAAAACCUAGGGUACCUAACUAAAGUAACCUCUGUAGCGGAGCUGUAAUGUUAAAUCCCAAUAUCUCCGCUGGUACAGAAAGUGAUCCAAGUAAAGCUCUGAAAAUGAAAGCAAUAUCCCAAAUCCCCCAGUAAACACAGUUCUGGGAGUCAACUGACAAUUUUAUUCACAGCUCCAGUAUUUAUGUGGUUCCCCAUGCGAGGGGUUUCCUUAGUCACUUUACAGGGGUUGUACAGUAGGGGAUUACAUGGGGAACUGAAAAUACAGGGCAUUUCUCCCACCAUGCACUGCUGUACGAGAGGGAUACUCCCACUACAAUAUCCUGUUAAGUGGAUUAUCCCUCCGUACAGCAGAACUGACUUUUUACACAAAAUUGCAAAACUUGAAUAUUCUACAUAUGAUUCUACCGAAUGACCGUUUGGUAGAUAGCUGGGCUCUGAGCGCACACUUUGUGAAAGUACCGCUCAGAUGCCAGCGUAAAUAACCGAACGCCGCACGAAACACACAUUAUAUUCCAUUCCCCUUAAAAGUACCGAACACAUAUGGGGGAAUAAGAAACAACAAAAAAUACAAGGUGCGCUAGGUAGAAUAAAUAAGGGAUAUCAAAUAUCAAAUAAUAUUUACUUUUGUAAAUAUUAUUUGAUAUUUGUAUUAUUUAUCCCUUAUUUAUUCUACCUAGCGCACCCUGUAUUUUUUGUUGUUUCUUGCUCCCAGAUUUAUUGAAGGGUUUGAGGGUUGCCCUUCUUCUCAGGUGUGCAGCUCCAUCCACCUCUGUGAUCAGUACUGUAGCGCUGUUCCAUUCCAUACUCUAUUUCUUUUUGUUAUAGCCACAUAUGGGGGAAUAAAGUACCGAAGGACUGGUGCUCCCGAAUGGCCUGGAAGUCCAGAGGUGUUCGCGCCGAUUUUAGUUCCAGGCGCUCGACGACCAAACACUGCUGGGAUAACAAAGGAUCCAAGAUGGCCGACUGCCGCGUGGUCGGUAGCCGAACGACGGCCACCUAGGAAAGCACUUAUCCGCCGAUUGCUACAAUGUUGCAAUCGGUUAAUGAGAGCCACACAACCCUCUGUGUGUGGGCUCCCAUUCGGUACUUUAUUCGUUUCACGAAUAGUGUAUAAAGUCACUGUUCGUGAAACUACCAUAUGAAUGCUAGUAGCUUUCGGCUGUUAGCAUAUGCAUGCUCUCUAUUAUAAAACCACACGAAUACAUUCUUGCACAAGAUUAACACAGCUUUUUACAGACAACCUUUAAAUGUUAUGCAGUAUGACCUAAAGUGGCUAGGUUUGCCACAACCUCCUUCCACAGCUCGAUCCGUGCGGGGGGAGGUGAGUUGAGAAGGGCCCCAUACCAUACUCACAGCACAGUGCACGACUUGCUCAUAGUAAGAGUGCUCUGUGAGCUCACUAGACUUGUGUGUGGUGCGGAAAUUUGGCUUGGACAAACUACUUUUUCCAAAAACAGAAUCAUAUUCAGGACACUGGAAUUCGGCUGAAUGUACAGAAUUUCUGAACUAAGAUUCCGAUUCGGGAAUUAAAUGAAAAGAUCAAAUAAUGUCUAAAAUGUGCUCUGUGUACUACAAAAUAUAUACAUUUUCCUGGUGAGUUUCUGAAAAUUCCUGGUUUAUUGCUUAACUCUGCCACAUUAAAUGGUAGGUUUUUGUUAUUACUAUUUUAAUUAUUAUAAUUAUCAUUGGCAUUAAUAUAGCGCCAAAAUAUUCCGCAGCACUUUACAAUAUUACAAAGAGGGAAAUUUAACAAUAAAUGAGACAAUUACACAAUGUUACAGAAACAAUAGACAAUGAGGACCCUGCUAAAACAGACAAUAUAGGCACCCAGGCAAGUUCAGCUAAUUGAAGUGGUCUGGGUGCAAUGUCCCUAAUGCAUUGAGGGCAGCUCCAAAGACACUGCAAUGUUUACAUUGCAGCACUAAAUCUGCCCACAGUGGCAGUCUCCCAGAGGACCUCCAGCGUCAGAUUUUUCCCCAUAGGUAAACAUUGAUCCUCACGGGACAUCAUAGGAGGCUGAGCCGCGACCCAGUGCCGAGGGACAUUGGCACUGGGUCACGGUAAGUAAAUAAAGGGUUUUUAACCCUUUAUUUACGAUUGUAAGGGGGGCCUGAAGGACGUGGGAGGCAGGGGGAACGAUAGUGCCAGGAAUACAGCAUUGUAUUUCUGGCACUAUAGUAUCCCUUUAAAUUCUAGAGAAAUCUAUUGUAUUUUUAGAAAUUAUUAUCAUUCCAGUUGGUUUCUAUAUUUUUUUAAUCAAUUUCUUUGUUUCAGAACUGGAGAAUGAAAUAAAUGCUCUGGAUUUCUGCAUGGACGGCAGUGUGUACGCCACAGCGGGAAAGGACAAGAAAGUCCGACUAUAUGACAGUCACACUAACGAGGUAAUGCGGACCUUCUCUGAGUCUGGGGUGGGGGAGCCACAGAAUCACAGCGAUCCUUCAAUAUGUAUUUUGAAAAAAACUAUUUAUGCAGACUCUCUAUUAACAAGUUUUGUAACAGUCACUUGAAAUACAUGAAAAAAGUGGAAAAAUCCAUGUAAAGGUUGUUACCACUUUAAACAUCACCCUUCAGUCUCAGGCUUUCUUGUCAAAUUCCCAUAAUGGCCAAUAUAAAGCUCAGAGUGACAUACUCCUACAUGGGCAGGUUAUAUUCUUUCUCACCCCCUUACUGCUGUCCCCAUGCUCUGGGUCAGGGUUAGACAAUCUUUGACACUCCAGAAGUUGUGGACUACAUCUCCCAUAAUGCUCUUACUACCAUAAUGCUGGCUAAACAUAAAGGACGAUACAGACCACAAUAUCUGGAGUGCCAAAGGCUCUACAGGUUGGGGUUCAGUCGAUCAAAAUUCUGGGUUAUAGUCCCUGUAUGGAGCCGGCCCUCGGUUCCCGAUCUCCCUUCCCUGCACUCUCUGUUUAUUCUGAUCUUUGACAUAAUGAACAUGAACAGAUAUCAUUACCCUUACACACCCUGCUUGUAAUAACUCACUGGAGAAUGAGCUGGAUAAAGAGAGAGCUGUGCUGAUGGUUUCUUGCACUAAUUUGCAAUUGCUUUGCUGCCCUUAUUUAUUUAUUUAUAAAAUAUUUUAACAGGAAAGAUACAUUGAGAUUUCUCUCUUGAUGCAGGUUUUAAACAUCUUCGAAGCACCAGAAUAUUUUUACGGUGACGAUGUUCCAUUUACAAGUGGCCACACUCGAAGGAUCUUUGCCUUAAAGUUUCACCCGUCAGAAAACCACAUUUUCCUGACCGGCGGCUGGGACGAUUCUAUUAAGGUCAGUGGGACAUUUUACCAUUACUGCUGCUGUGAACCCUUUACUUCUAACAUUAACCACCCCAGGAUGCUGAAACAUUCAUAAGAGCUGGAUUAUCAGAGUCCCAGCAGGUAAAGUCUAAACUACUGUCCUCUGCGGCUUCCAUCACAUAAAAACUGGGAUUAUUUACUAAUGACAAAUGGGGAGAAUGUAUGGUUCAUUUGUUUUUUAAAUGUAUGCUAUUUUUUUUGGCUAAAUAAUGAGAACAAGGUAAGUUUAAGUCCAAAUUGCUAAAAUUAAAAACAAAAAAACAAAACCCCAAAUGUUUCUAAUUUGCUUAUUUUCUCCUACAAUUAGCACUUCCCUGAAUGAUAACAGGAUUGGAUAUAAAUAGUCACUAAAUAAAAGCAUUUUUGUCACUGUGGUGUCAAUGGUUGAAGCUAGUUUGUAUAAAAACUUCCAGUUGAAUUGUGACUUGGCUGACAGGAUCACGUGACAUCAGUACAGGAUAAUUGAGGACUAUAUGGCCCAAUGUUUACUUUACUACUGACAGAUGGGAAGUAGAGAGAAUAGAGGGAUUAGUAAAUAGGUAAUGAAGGAGAGGAUGGAGGGAGGGGAUAGAGGGAUUGGUAAAUAGGUAAUGGAGGAGAGGAUGGAGGGAUUGGUAAAUAGGUAACGGGGAGACGAUAGAGUAAUUGGUAAAUAGGUAACAGGGAGACGAUAGAGGGAUUGGUAAAUAGGUAAUGGAGGAUAAGAUAGAGGGGUUGGUAAAUACGUAAUGGAGGGGAGGAUAGAGAGACUGGUAAAUAGGUAAUAGAGGAGAGGGUAGAUGGAUUGGUAAAUAGGUAAUGGAGGAGAGGAUAGAGGGAUUGGUAAAUAGGUAAUGGAGGAGAGGAUAGAGAGAUUAGUAAAUAGGUUAUGGAGGAGAGGAUAGAGGGACUGGUAAAUAGGUAGUAGAGGAGAGGGUAGAUGGAUUGGUAAAUAGGUAAUGGAGGAGAGGAUAGAGAGAUUGGUAAAUAGGUUAUGGAGGAGAGGAUAGAGGGAUUGGUAAAUAGGUAACGGGGAGACGAUAGAGGGAUUGGUAAAUAGGUAAUGGAGGAUAAGAUAGAGGGGUUGGUAAAUACGUAAUGGAGGGGAGGAUAGAGAGACUGGUAAAUAGGUAAUAGAGGAGAGGGUAGAUGGAUUGGUAAAUAGGUAAUGGAGGAGAGGAUAGAGGGAUUGGUAAAUAGGUAAUGGAGGAGAGGAUAGAGAGAUUAGUAAAUAGGUUAUGGAGGAGAGGAUAGAGGGACUGGUAAAUAGGUAAUAGAGGAGAGGGUUGGAUGGAUUGGUAAAUAGGUAAUGGAGGAGAGGAUAGAAGGAUUGGUAAAUAGGUAAUGGAGGAGAGGAUAGAGGGAUUGGUAAAUAGGCAAUGGAGGAUAAGAUAGAGGGAUUGUUUAAAUAGGUAAUGGAGGAGAGGAUGAAGGAUAUCUAAUGGAGGAAAGGGUAGAGGGAUUGGUAAAUAGGUAAUGGAGGAGAGGAUAGAGGGAUUGGUUAAAUAGGUAAUGGAGGAGAGGAUAGAGGGAUUGGUUAAAUAGGUAAUGGAGGAGAGGAUAGAGGGAUUGGUUAAAUAGGUAAUGGAGGAGAGGAUAAAGGGAGGGGAUAGAGGGACUGGUAAAUAAGAGGGGAUAGAGGGAUUGGUAAAUAGGUAAUGGAGGAGAGAGGGAUUGGUAAAUAGGUAAUGGAGGAGAGAGGGAUUGGCAAAUAGGUAAUGGAGGAGAGGAUAGAGGGAUUGGUAAAUAGGCAAUGGAGGAGAGGAUAAAGGGAGGGGAUAGAGGGAUUGGUAAAUAAGAGGGGAGAGAGGGAUUGGUAAAUAGGUAAUGGAUGAGAGAGGGAUUGGUAAAUACUUAAUGGAGGAGAGGAUAGAGGGAUUGGUAAAUAGGUAAUGGAGGAGAGGAUAGAGGGAUUGGUAAAUAGGUAAUGGAGGAGAGGAUAGAGGGAUUGGUUAAAUAGGUAAUGGAGGAGAGGAUAGAGGGAUUGGUUAAAUAGGUAAUGGAGGAGAGGAUAAAGGGAGGGGAUAGAGGGAUUGGUAAAUAGGUAAUGGAGGAGAGGAUUGGUAAAUAGGUAAUGGAGGAGAGGAUAGAGGGAUUGGUAAAUAGGUAAUGGAGGAGAGGAUAGAGGGAUUGGUAAAUAGGUAAUGGAGGAGAGGAUAGAGGGAUUGGUAAAUAGGUAAAGGAGGAGAGGAUAGAGGGAUUGACAUGUAGAUAAUGAAGGAGAGGAUCAUGGUAUUUUGGUUUUCUGUGAUUUAUUGUCUGAUUACAUUUUCUACUAUCAUUAACUAAUUUACAAGUUCCGCAAAUUGCUGUUUUUAUUUUCUCCUCAUUACAGAUUACUGGGCAAAAGAGAAAAUGUAUGUAUGUAUGUAUGUAUAUAUCAUUCUUUAUUUAUAAGAUUUAUUUAUUACAAUAACAGGUUUGGGACAAGAGAAUGGCAAAGGAGGCACGGAGAGUAAUAGAUGGUCCUCACAUAUGUGGCCCUGGGAUUGAUAUUAAGGUGAGCUGAUAAUCACGUUUAGGGUCAUACCUCAGAUCUUGGCGCAGGGAUUUUUAUUGGCGCAAUCUCUUCAAACUACUGUCAGUGUUAAAACUGCAGCUCCCUAGUAAAACUGUUAGAAGUACCCUGUCAGUUCCAUCUUCUGCCAAGUUCGUAUCCCACACCCUACUGAACAUGUCCAUCCUUUCAUCUGUUCUCUCCAUUCCUUGGGGUCAGGGGAUAAUGGUUUUUGUUUCUCAUUGUAAUUCCCUUUGCUCAACUCUGUCGUUCAAAUUUAACAAUAUUUCUAGUAUUCAACUUUUUUCAAAUACUUUCACAUACUCCUCGUUCAUCUCUUCCCAUCUGAGCCACCAAAGUCUUUUUAUACGCAAACUGUAAGCUUUCCGCAGGCGCAUUUUCUUCUCAAUGUUUACAGUUUUUGUUCAUUGUUCUGUUCUCAGGACAACAAGAUAAUAACGGCGUCAUGGGUGUCACGCAACGCUCUCCAGCUCUGGGAUUUUCGGACGGGCAAUCAUUUACACGAUUUGCCAUUCCCAACAACUACAAUGCAGGGAGAGUUUCUCUACGCCGCCAAGUUCUGCACUGACAGUAUUGUCCUUGCUGGAGGAAGUGGCACAUGUACUGCCUGUGCCAUCAAUCUGAACACACAAGAGGUAGGGCUCCCAAAAUAUCAUCAGAGUUCAUUUUAUUAGAAUUUAAUAAACGGCAAGGGACUGGUCUGGUUUAAAUAAGUUUUCAGAAUUAUUCAAUACAAUUAGAAACACUAUCCAAAUGAUUUAUCUACAAAUAUUCCCAGAGAUUUCAAUGGUGACCUCCGUAGAUAAAUCAUUUGAAAACUUUAUCUAACAGUACUGAAUCCUUUGGAAAUCUUAUUAAGUUUAUAAUUCAGGUAUUUAUCAAAGGCAAACCUCAAGCAAUUCGAAAUGUAGUCAUCUUUCUGAUAACAAGGAGCCCUGGGGGAGUUUGGUUGCAGCAUGUCUGCAGGUCUCUACGGCUGACGACUCCCUUAGAGUGGAUCCCAAUAUGCCGAAAUGUGUUUAUUAAUGUGCAGAUGAAUGUGAUUUAUUAAUCCCUCAACUACAUAUCUGACAAGAGGAACUGCUGAGUAAGCUCGAUGCUGCCAUUCACUAAAUUCACAGCUUUGCUUAGUUCUUUGAACGUCAAGACUGCACAGGAUUUCUUAAAGCUGCACGCCAUUCAUUAUUAUAUCCACAGCUUGGAGGGACAUAAGGAUUUUUAUGAAACCGCUAUGUACUCCCAAAGGAUUAAAACAUUUCUUAGCGAGGGCAAGUCUCACACUGCAGUGGUUUUUGCAGUAACAUACCAGGAAUGUAGGUUGUUAUGUCAAUCGUCUUUUUAAUGAUCUCUGAAUUUAUUGUAAUGCUUUUCCAAAAAGGCCAGCAAGACAAUCAUUGUUUAUAUCAAUUCUCAUGCAAAAGACAAAUCAAUCAAAUGAAAACCUUCAAAUGUUCCUCAAAGUUCAGAGACAAUUCAAGGCCAAUUCUGUGUUUAGUGAAUGUUUGAAUCCAUGUACCUGACACAGAAUUCGGACAUGCUAAUCUCAGUUUCUUUAUCCACAUUGCUUUUAGUGAAUAAUUCACCAAUCUGGCACCCAAUUGUGGGCCUGGUGAACAGCAUCAAAAGUGCUUUAUAUGCAGACUUGCUUCCAAGCAAUAUAUUAAAUAUUUAACUGGAAAUAUAUUAAAUAUUUAAAUGGAAAUAUAUUAAAUAUUGACCUAGCUAUGUAGAAAUGUUGAAAGAGAUAGAUUUGUAUGUAAAGACAGAAAAACAAAUAUGUAUCACUUUCUGAAAUUCCUCUUGCUUUAAACUUAAUAAAGAGACUAUAUAUAUACAGUAUCUCACAAAAGUGAGUACACCCCUCACAUUUUUGUAAAUAUUUUAUUAUAUCUUUUCAUGUGACAACACUGAAGAAAUGACUCUCUGUUACAAUGUAAAGUAAUAAGUGUACAGCCUGUAUAACAGUGUCAAUUUGCUGUCCCCUCAAAAUAACUCAACACACAGCCAUUAAUGUCUAAACCGUUGGCAACAAAAGUGAGUACACCCCUAAGUGGAAAUGUCCAAAUUGGGCCCAAAGUGUCAAUAUUUUGUGUGGCCACACACCCUCAUGGGCAUGGAGUUCACCAGAGCUUCACAGGUUGCCACUGGAGUCCUCUUCCACACCUCCAUGACGACAUCACAGAGCUGGUGGAUGUUAGAGAUCUUGCGCUCCACCAGCUUCCGUUUGCAGAAGCACCACAGAUGCUCAAUAGGGUUUAGGUCUGGAGACAUGCUUGGCCAGUCCAUGACCUUUACCUUCAGCUACUUUUGCAAAGUAGCUGAAGGUGUGUUUGGGGUCGUUAUCAUGUUGGAACACUGUCCUGAGGUCCAGUCUCCGAAGGGAGGGGAUUGAGUUAUUUUGAGGGGACAGCAAAUUUACCCUGUUAUACAGGCUGUACACUUACUACUUUACAUUGUAACAGAGAGUCAUUUCUUCAGUGUUGUCACAUGAAAAAAUAUAAUAAAAUAUUUACAAAAAUGUGAGGGGUGUACUCACUUUUGUGAGAUACUGUAUAUAUAUAUUUCUCUGGUUUUAAAGUAUGUCCUGGACCCACAAACAAUAUGGUACAGUAUAAUAUUAAAAAAUACAACACAGAAGAAGAAAGAAAGAGUUACCCAUGAUCACAGGUAGAGAGGGAUAUUUUAAAGGAUUUUAGUGUGGAGGGAGAUUUAAUUGUGUCCGUGAUGUUCCAUAAUUGUUGUGCUCUGUAGGGAAAUGAGGAUCAAGCUUUCUGGAUUCCAGCGACAGCCAGUUUAGUUAUUUAAGCAUGUCACAAUGGUGGGUCCUGUUAUUACAUUGUAGCACUAAGCGGCAGAACGAGUUAUAUAAUGUAUUCCGUUUAUUAAGGUGGGUUUGCUGUUCGGGUGCAUACACUGCAUCCCCAUAAUCAAUGACCGGCAUUAGCAUGUGUUGUAUAAUAUGUUUCCUUACUGUGGGGUUUAGGCAGGAAUUGUUUCUGUACUGGGCACCUAGUUUUGGAUAAAGUUUCAAUGGGUUUUUCUAUGUUGGGGCCAAAAUAUAGAUUGGUGUCUAGCAACAUACCUAGAUAGUUGAAAGAAUGAACUGGGGUCAGUGUUUUAUAUAACUUUGUUCGGAUGUAUAGUUGUGAAUUUUUUAAUGUAUGUAAUGUAGGUACAGUUCCAUAGAUUAUUGUUAUUAUUCUAAUACUUUUUACACACCCAAUUCAUCUAAAUAAAAUAGCUCCAAAUAGAUUCACAUAUGUGUCCUGGUUGAUACAAGCCUCAUAUGUCUAGAAUCUAAAUGAAUUGCACCCCCCUCCUCCCCCCUUAAUGUUAUACCAACCACACACAUUACCCUGUGUUUGAUCUAACACUAACUAUAUUCCUUCCCUUCCCUACCCUUACUUUAACCUUAACCCUACACUAUCCCUAACCCUAAAACAGGUACUGACAUCAGCAGAUGGGUUUCCUAAUGAACACUAUAGAACUAUACAACUGUGUAAUGUUAAAAACUAUUUAGGUCCACAGCCCCCCUUGAUUCCAGGGCUGCAAAGCAAUGCCGGUGCUGGCUUCAUCUCCGAUCCACCUCCUUGGCUGAGAUCAGGCAAUCUAAUGCUUUUGCAUAUUUGUUGAAUCAAUGCAUCUCUAUGAGGAAAGUUCAGUGUCUCCAUGCAGAGGGUGGAGACACUGAAUGUCAGUCACACUGUGCAGCCCUGCCCCAGGAAGCACCUCUAGCAGCCAUCUGAGGAGUGGCCAGUGAAGUUAUCACUAGGCUGUAAUAUAAACACUGCAUUUUCUCUGAAAAGACAGUGUUUACAGCAAAAAGCAUGAAGGUAAUGAUUCUACUCACCAGAACAAAUUCAAUAAGCUGUAUACUGUACAUUAAGCUAUAUACCGUACAUUAAGCUGUAUACCGUACAUUAAGCUGUAUACUAUACAUUACACUGUAUACAGUACAUUAAGCUGUAUACUGUACAUUAACCUGUAUACUAUACAUUACACUGUAUACAGUACAUUAAGCUGUAUAUUAUACAUGGCACUGUAGACAGUACAUUAAGCUGUAUACUAUACAAUAAGCUGUAUACUAUACAUUAUACUGUACAUUAAGCUGUAUACUGUACGUUAAGCUGUAUACUAUACAUGGCACUGUAUACAGUACAUUAAGCUGUAUACUAUACAUUACACUGUAUACCGUACAUUAAGCUGUAUACCGUACAUUAAGCUGUAUACUAUACAAUAAGCUGUAUACUAUACAUUACACUGUAUACUGUACAUUAAGCUGUAUACUGUACAUUACACUGCAUACCGUACAUUAAGCUGUAUACCGUACAUUAAGCUGUAUACAGUACAUUAAGCUGUAUACUAUACAUUUCACUGUAUACCGUACAUUAAGCUCUAUACUGUACAUUAACCUGUAUACUAUACAUGGCACUGUAUACUGUACAUUAAGCUUUAUUUGUUCUUGUGACUAUAGUGUCCCUUUAAAGCACUAGCGAGUGGUAUGUUGCCACCAUCUCCGGUAUUUUUUCAGUAAUACAGGCACUUUUUCCAUAUUACUGAAUCAAGCAUGCUUUCCCAGCUGAUUACACUGAGAUUGGUGCUGGACAGCUGCCAAGCUGACAGAGUGGAUCCCCCGUAUCUAUUGAUAUCUUGGACUCCUCGCAGUGAGCUGGGAUUUAACCCUUCUAACUCCAAACUGCAGAAAUGUCCACGCCGUCCUAAUGACGUUAAAUCCUCCUCUGUGGAGGACGGCAUGGAACGGGGUUAAAGUAUUUCAUAAUAAUCUAUUAUGUUAUAUCAGGAUUAUAUUUUGUGUGAUCGGUUCUGAGUUGGGCAUUUUUCCAGUUUGUUUUUUUGGCCAUGCUUUGCGGCUCCCUGUUAUUAUCCUUUUCAGUAACCAGAUAUUCGUGACUUACUAUAUGUUAUUUCCUUACAGAUUCUCGGGGACAUUUCGCUGCUGAAUAAGCCUGUUCAGACAGUGGAUGCUGCCUGCGGUGACCGUCUUGUGGCCGUCGCUGGUGUUGCAGGGAACCUUCACAUUGCCGAGCUGUGUUAAAUGCGCAACAAAGGACGGUGUCUUACUGGACAAUAAGCCCAUCAACACGUGUUUCCCAUUUAUAUAUUGCUAUUCAAAUUUCAUGAAAAAAUAUUUGUAUUUGUAACAGAACAUACGUUAGCCUUUGCAGCAAGCUUUUAUUUACCUAAUUAAAAUGCAUGUUUCAAUGCAUGGAAUUUCAGUGUUAAUUCCAUCUUGAAUCAAAGCAGAUGUUGGAGGCUUCUGAUAAACUAGAAAUCCCAUGAUCCUCUGGCAGGUGUAACAAUGACAUACAGACCAGAGAGAAUCUUGGGAUUUGUAGUUCACACAGAUUACCAACACAUGUAUUGCCCCUGUUUGUUUUUUAGCCCAGAGCCAUUGCUCCUUUCAGUCCAAAAAUAAAUUAUUAGUAUUUGUCUCACACCAAUGCCGGUGCCAGGACUGGAUUGAGAUGUCAAUUGCUAUAUUUAAAAAGAAGUGUAGUAUCACAUGAAACAAGUUAAAGCACGUUAUAGAUGAUUUUCAAGGUUUUAUUUCAUGGUGUAAUUGUCAGAGAAGUGAAGGUUCCCUAAUGAGAAGCAGGUUUCAAUAUAUUAGCACAGGACAUGUUUAGCCAGAGGCACAGGUUUAAUUAAACUUUAAAAAAUGUAUUUCAAUGUUAUUGUAGCUUUUUUUUGUAUUCUUCAUCAUAUUCAGGAGAAGACCACAAGGGGGCAGUAAAAGGUUUAUGGAUGAAAAUGUACUACAUGAAUACAUUUAUCAAAAUGCAAUCUGUACAGAGAAGCAUAGCUUUGGCCUGAUUUAUGUCUCACCCCGUGAUGGUGCUGGGAGGGAGACUCUGCGUCACUGAUGAACUGGGUGCACAUUAAAUAAUCCGUCGAAUCUAUGUUUAAACCGUUGGCAUCUAGCCUCCUCCCAGUUUAUUUUAUUACAAAGUAACAAAGCUUCAAACAGUCUCUGAAAUAAAAAUUAAAAACAAAAUAUGAAUUUAUUUCUGAUUAUUCUUUUAGUUCUGGAGAAAUGAUGCUGAAAGCAGUUCUUCUUCCAAAGUUUCAGUCAGUCAGUGUAUGAACUACCCUUCCCA